UUCCGGCUUCAUUUUUAAUGUCACGCCAGUAGUCACGCCAGUACGCUUUCCACGGAAAAACAACCGAACGUUACUUCUAAAUUUAAUCACCUCAAGCAAGAAUAAUUUUCCCUAGUAUAAUUGAGAAUUCCGUGGGGAAAAACUAUGAAAACGAACUUAGAAAAGCGAAAAUAAUGAUUCGGUGUGAGUUGUUUUACUUGAUCGCUGACUAUAGAUAUCAUGACAGAUAUUUUAAACAUAGUUCUUUCUUCUUCUUUAACAAGAAGUUCGCAUCAUUCAUCAUUCACCCGGUACCUAUAUAAAUGCUCGCAAGUGAAGCUCAGGUUCCUCGCAAGGGCACUCCACGCAUCGAUUUGCACGUACUUGGGAGGCUGUGUGGAGGACGCCUGGGGGUGGGGUGGGGGUGGGGUGGUUAACUUCCGGUUUCAAGCACGAAGUUUAACAAAAUUCACGUGUCACGUAUACUUUUAGAGGCGUUUAAAAAUGGCUUUUCAUAAAUUCACGAACCACGUAAGUCUUUUACUUGCUUUUCACACGUCACACACUCAUUUUCGCCCUCAUCGGGUGUGUCACGCACAAAGGCUUAGCCAUGGUCUUUGUGAGCAGCCUUGCUGUCUAAAAUUUAAGGUGACUGGAAACAGCUUCCAGAAUUUUUCAGCAUUUCUACUGUGAUGGAUGAAUGCUUUUUCCCAUUUUCAGUUACCAUUACAAAAGACAUUUUCUUCACGUUACAAGUUGCCAUAGCAACGGUCUAAACUAUCAAAAACACCCUAAAUUUUAUUAUCCGAGCUUGUUGACCUACAGUUUGUAUUACCAAAUUUUUAUCAGCGCCAGUCAUGGUUCAACUUUAAACAAGUUUCAAACAGUUGUGGGGACCCAUGCAUUGGUUUGAUGCCAGUAUUUAUCGACUAUUAUACCAGUAAUGUCAACGAUUAACUGAAAGGGAGCGGAAGUAUUUCGAUUCAGCAGGAGGUGUUGAAGAAUUUUUGAAACCGUAUUGAGCCACCAUACCUCAAUACACAACUGGUAAACAAAGUUAUAGUAAUUAUCGAGUUUUCAUGCCACAAGUCCCUAUGUUAUGGUAAACGGACUGCACCUUAUAUUGACCGUGGAGAGUAGGCGAGCAGGCAACACUGCCCUGAGGUUUCGGUUGGGUGUCUACCCUAAGGUGGUACUUCAAAUCAAUCUCUCCUCCGCAGAGACAAGGAGCCCAUGGAUUCCUGCAGAGACUCGUUCGUCAUAGAAAUCCGCCGUGCGAGGUAUUGCAGUUGCAAACCCAUUCCCAUCAGCGCCCCCUCCCCUCCCCCAAAAAAAAAUAACGAUGAAAAACCAAACUUAGCAAAUGAAUAAUCUAAAUCUAUUCAUGCUUAAUUGAUGCACAAUAUCAGAUCUAGUCACAUGAACAUCUCGAGUUUACGAUAAUGAGUGUAACUCAUUUCGCGAUUUCUUCUCUAUAGACAGCCACAGGGAUUAUUUGAUCAGAAAAUCUGAGAGUCGCUGCCUGACAACAAGAAAUAUUUUCGUUCGCCAGUGCAAAUCAGUUUUAAAUAGUUGAUUCAAUCAGUUAUUACUAAAGGAUGGAAGUAUUUUCACUUCCGUUUUAUGUUAUAGUUACAGGAAGUUACGGUGACGUAAUGGCUUGUUUACGAUGAAUGCAAAUUUCCCGCUAAAAAAAAUUUCUCGGUAAAACCAGAGGCAGUUUGCAAGACCGGUGAUAUAUUUUUGGCGGUUUGACUACAGAAGGCUCCUGACCCAGCAUAGAACAGCCGUUUUAAAAGGCGAAAAUGGGGAUUUUCUCCGGAAUACAGCACGCUUUUAUUGUCCUAAUUUUCGUGUUUGAUCUGGGAAGAAAUGAGCUGUAUCCAUCUAUCCAAUGGACUCCUCUCAACCCAAUAUUCAAGACAAACAGAACACAAUGCGUCCAUCCAAUGUCUAAGCUCAUCUUCGUGUGCCCGAACACCGCUACCACGGUAACCAAACUCGCUAGCAGUAAUGCCCUGCGUCCACUGUACGAGAAUCUGUGGCUGGUCAGCAGACAGAGUUAUGAGCGCUGCGCGGUGAAUCAGACAACUGACAGUGAACUUAUAUUAUGUGACAAGCCCUUCAACCUUAAAUAUUAUACGGUGAUUUUUAAGAAAUAUAGUGCAGGCGUCGAUCUCAAAUUUGAGCCUGGAAAGGAGUACUAUUUUAUAGCAACUUCGAAUGGCAAAAAAUCAUCGGUGAAAAGCCGCUCUGGUGGACGCUGUAAGACACAAAACAUGAAGCUCAAAUUCCAUAUUUGUACGAGCAGUGAAGAUCCACGUUGUCUAAGCGAGGAUAUGUGUAAUGGCGUUACGCCUACUACCCAAGCGCAAGCUACUGUCAAGACUGAAAGCACAUCAUCAAGGUCAUGCGCAAAUUACACUCUACCUACCACACCCACCACAGGAAUGAACGAUCCAGGUAAUCCUGAAAGUGAAGUGUUAGAAGACGAAUCCACUUACCUGAUCGCAAUUGGCUUUCUCGUGUUCAUGUGUUUUGCUCUUCUUAUUUUAUCCAUUAUCCUGAUCUGCCAGCUUUAUGGGAAGGGGAAAGCAACGUCAAUUUCCUCGCGUGAUAGUGCUUCAUUCACGAUAAGAAUCAAUGACUCUCCUGACGGGGACUGGGACUGAGUGCCUAGUUAAUGUGUGUGUGUGUGUGAGUCAGCGGUCAUCGUUUUACUGGUCAGUAUCGUCGCUUAGUUACCAUACGUACCCUCACUAGAGGAGGACGUGCGAAGGCUUUGAUGAUCCGUCCCGGAAAUUCUUAGUGUUUAGGCGGAGAUUGAGAAUUAGUUGGUCGAAACUUUAAGCUGUACAAUAGCUUAUAUGUCUUCCCCAGCUUCUUCCCAGGAAUUGCUGCGUGUGACGUCACGGGGGCGAAUUCGCUGGAAGGUCUCCUGUCGAUAUCAUUGCUUUUCACUUCAUUAUGUGGGAGGCGCAGUGGGAUCAUGGUUAAUACCCUGGACUCCAGAUCGAGUGGUCUGGGUUCGAGCCCUAGUAGCUCUCUCCACCCAGGUGCAUAAAUUGAUACCGGCGAAUGUCAUGCUGAGGGGUAACCCUGCGAUGGAUUAGCAUCCCAUCCAGAGGGGGGGAGGGGGUAGAAAUACUCCUAGUCCUUUCAUGCUACAGAAACUGUAAGUAAGAGCCGGCCUGGUGAGCCUCUAGGUUCGUAUGCAGACUUUAUCUACCUUACUUUCACUUCAUUAUGCGUAAAAGUGUAAAUAGCUAGUGUGCCGCAAUAUUAGUUUGUGAGAUUUUUAUCGGCAAGACCACAAGAGAAAUGUUAGUAAGUCUGCCAAGAACAAGUCAAAGGAUCCGCUUUAUAAUUGUAGAUAAAAGACUUCUAUGACGCAAGAGUGAUAUCGUCAUACACGCGAGUGAUUUUUUUUUAUAGAUAUGAGAGUUUUCAGAACCAAUAGAAAGUAAUAGCGCGCCGAUAUUUUUAGCUAUACAAUAGCUUGUUCCAGGCAUUACUCAACUCGUUCUCAGGAUUUGAUCAGCUUUGUAAUUGUAGAUACAUGUGUGAAAGCCUGAUGUUGUCAUAAACGCGCGAGUAAAGUAACAUUUUGUAGGAACUGUUUUUAAUUCUGAUCUAUAAAGUAUAUACAUACAUUCAGCGUUUAUAUUUCUGGACCAUCUUGCAUUAAGUAAUACCGAGAGACUAUGAGUCUAUAGGUAUACUGAAACAGAAGCUGAAUCGUCUAAAAAAUCGUUUGAUAUUCCACAUGUUCCAACUUUCUUCCUCCAAGGAAAGCUUGUCUGCAGUUUUAGUUAUUUUACAAACAUAGAUCUGAAUAACAGGCCUCCAAACAUCGCAGCAAUGACAAGAGGCUGUCUAGAAUUAACUUUUCAACUUUUUGAUGUUUAAAAACAUGUCAUUUAGUUCUUUUUCAGUCCAAUCACUCUCUCCAAUCGUGGCAAGGUUGUGAUUUUAAUUAAAAUUAUUUUUCUUUCAA